AUGGCCCCGACCGAGUUCUCGCUCCGCCUGCAACACGGGAUCACCGGAGGCUUCGCUCCUCCCACCCCGAGCGCGAUCUACACGAUCACCGGAACACCCUCGCAGCCCAGCUGGAAUACCACCGCCGCCGUGCGUCCCGACGGGACGCCCUCCCUGGGCGAUGAGGAGCGCAAGGCGUUGUCAGCCACCGACACAGGGGCGACGACGCUCGUCGGCGAGCUGCACGAUAUCCUCAAAUCGAUCCCGACGGAGCAGCCACCGGGGAGCGAGGACAUUUACGGGCUGGACACGAGCAUCGCGUUCGGGAGCGACGACCUUAUGUGGAUGAAUGGCGGGCCCGCGGGAUGCGGGACUGGGACGAGCACGGUGCAGGCGACAGCGGAGGACAAAGCGAAGUUCAAGAGGGCGGUAAAGAUCGUGCAGGAGCUGAUCACGAAGGCAUCGUGA